AUGGAAGUAAAGGGAAAUGUCUCGUGCAAACCAGAACAAUUUGAUAAGAGAUCUCCUACAAGCGGUUCAAGAUCUUGGCAGGCUGAAUCAGAACCAGCUCUACCUAUACCGCCAGCUUCUAUUACUCUCCCGACUCAUGCCUUGUGUGCGGAGUUUAUGUUUAUUGGCGAUGCAAGUUACUGGUGGGAUUUAAUGUCUCGGACUAGAACCCCGGAGCAGCAGUUGGCGUUAACAUGGGAACAAUUUAAAGAGGAAGUAAUCAACAAGUAUUUUUCUCAGUUUCUAAGAGAUUUCAAGGAAAACGGAUUCCUUCAACUCAAACAGGGUAAUAUGUCCCUAACUGAUUACGAACGAAAGUUCGAUCAACUCUCAAGAUAUGCUCCACACCAGGUUGACACAAAAAUUAAGAAGACUAGAAAGUUCGAGCAAGGGUUAAACCCAGACCUAAGCACGAUCCUUAUGUCACAUCUUUUCACAUCAUAUCGUGAGAUGUUGGAACGAGCUCACGCUAUUUGGUAUCAGAAGGCUAAUGCGGAGCAACACCAUCAAUUGUACAACCAACAAGAUAGAGGGCAUAUUGGAAAGAGGAAGUGGAAUGGUCAAGACAAAAGAAAUGGCAAAUGGCAAAAUAAGAAGGCUAACAUCGGAUAUAGUGCCAGCAAGGCCAUAGUAGCUACAAUUGUGCCUUGUCUGAAGUGUGGUAAGCCUCAUCGUGGUGAAUGCUUGUAUGGGAAGAAUGCCUGUUUUUAG